AUGAGUGAAACAGAAUUGAGAAAAAGACAGGCCCAAUUCACUAGGGAAUUGCACGGUGAUGACAUCGGUAAAAAGACAGGUUUGAGCGCAUUGAUGUCGAAGAACAACUCUGCUCAAAAGGAAGCCGUUCAGAAGUACUUGAGAAAUUGGGACGGUAAGACCGAUCAAGAUGCCGAAGAACGUCGUCUUGAGGAUUAUAAUGAAGCUACACAUUCUUACUACAACGUCGUUACAGAUUUCUAUGAAUAUGGUUGGGGUUCCUCUUUCCAUUUCAGCAGAUUUUAUAAAGGUGAGAGUUUUGCCGCCUCGAUAGCAAGACAUGAACAUUAUCUAGCUUACAAGGCUGGUAUUCAAAAGGAUGAUUUGGUUCUUGAUGUCGGCUGUGGUGUUGGGGGCCCAGCGAGAGAGAUUGCAAGAUUCACCGGCUGUAACGUCAUCGGUUUAAAUAAUAACGACUAUCAAAUUGCCAAGGCCAAAUAUUACGCUAAAAAAUACAAUUUGAGCGACCAAAUGGACUUUGUUAAGGGUGAUUUCAUGCAUAUGGAUUUCGAAGAAAACACUUUUGACAAAGUUUAUGCAAUUGAAGCCACAUGUCACGCUCCAAAAUUAGAAGGUGUAUACAGUGAAAUCUACAAGGUCUUAAAACCGGGUGGUACCUUUGCUGUUUACGAAUGGGUAAUGACUGAUAAAUAUGACGAAAAUAAUCCUGAACAUAGAAAAAUCGCUUACGAAAUUGAACUGGGUGAUGGUAUUCCCAAGAUGUUCCAGGUUGACGUGGCUAGAAAAGCUUUGAAAAACUGUGGUUUCGAAGUCCUCGACAGUGAAGACUUGGCAGACAAUGAUGAUGAAAUCCCUUGGUAUUACCCAUUGACUGGUGAGUGGAAGUACGUUCAAAAUCUAGCUAAUUUGGCCACAUUUUUCAGAACUUCUUACUUAGGUAGACAAUUUACUACAGCAAUGGUUACUGUCAUGGAAAAAUUAGGUCUAGCCCCAGAGGGUUCCAAGGAAGUUACUGCCGCCCUAGAAAAUGCUGCGGUUGGUUUAGUUGCUGGUGGUAAGUCCAAGUUAUUCACUCCUAUGAUGCUUUUCGUCGCUAGAAAACCAGAAAAUGCCGAAACCUCCCCCAACGCUUCCGAAGAAGCAACUCAAUAA